UCAGCCUCAGACAUGGACGCAUUUGCUAGCGUUUAGCCACGCGUCUGCUCUGCAUACGAACGGUUGUGUAGCUGAAUUUUUACGCGUAAAAGCGGUCAGUCACCGCGGGCUGGCAGUGUGUUGUGUUGUGUUUUGUGUUAUGUGUUUUUAUACCUUUGUCUGAUAAAAUGUGAUGCGCUCGUUUAGAGAAGCUUAGUUCAUGCCAUUGCAGGCACGUUUACAGUAACAUUAAGCUUAAUGUCCUUUCUGUGAAGCGUUAUGGGAGUGAGUUGUGCUGUGAUAUUUGUUUACAGCUAACACACUGUUAGCCGCUGUUGCAAACACGUGACCUGGGUGUGUAGCGCGAGCUCUUGCCUGUGCGCUGUUCCACACAGCUGUGCUGUGACAUGGAGAGUGUGUGCAGUAAGUAGAUGGCGAGACAGUGGGAGCAGCAGUGGCAGGCACAAUGGCGCUGUGUGAACCGCAUUGGGAUCAACACAUCCCCUGGCCAAAGAUCCAAGCUCUACAGUCCCGCCUGCUAGUGGCCUCAGUGGCCCUGAUUUGCUUCAUAAACAGCUACGAUGGAGACUUUGUCUUUGAUGAUUCAGAAGCUAUAAUCAAUAACAAGGAUCUAAACCCAGCCACUCCUCUGAGUAACAUCUGGAAAAAUGACUUCUGGGGUAGCAACUUGAGCAGCAACUCCAGCCACAAAUCCUACCGGCCGCUGACUGUUCUCACCUUUAGGCUUAACUACCUCUUGGCUGGUGGGCUGCAUCCGGUGGGCUUCCAUGUGCUCAAUAUCGGCCUCCACUGUGUUAUCUCUGCAUUAAUGAUUGAUGUCUUUGCAAUAUUAAUUGCUGGUUUGGCCUGUGAUGGGAAAGCUAAAAGACUUGCACAUCUUCCGAAGGCAUCUGUCUUGGCUGCGCUGUUUUUUGCUGCACACCCGGUUCACACAGAAAGUGUGGCUGGCAUUGUGGGUCGGGCAGACCUCUUGUGUGCCCUGUUUUUCCAACUCUCAUUCCUUUCGUACUGCAAAGCAUUUCAGGCUGGUGACAAGCCCGAAAAAUUCUCAGUGUCAUGGAUAAUGGUCAGCCUUCUGCUCUGUGGUGUGGCUAUGCUAUGUAAAGAGCAAGGAAUUACAGUUUUGGGAGUGAAUGCUUCGUUUGAUGUCCUCGUGAUCUGCAACGUGAAUAUCUAUGACCUGACUCGCAGACUUCUAGUGGCAAAGAAAGCUGCAGUUGUUAUUGAGAAGGUCAGAAGUGGACUGCUGGUCAGACUGGUCCUGCUGCUUUUGGGGGGCUCCUUGCUUUUAUUUGCAAGAUGGAGAAUUAUGGGUACAGGGCCCCCAGCCUUCACUGAAGUCGACAACCCAGCUUCCUUUGCUGAUAAUGUUUUUUUUAGGAUUGUGAACUAUAAUUACUACUACUCCUUGAAUGCAUGGCUGCUGCUGUGUCCCUGGUGGCUGUGUUUUGAUUGGUCAAUGGGCUGUGUACCUCUUAUUAAAUCAGCCGGUGACUGGAGAAUCGUCUGUCUGCUGCUGCUGUGGGCCUGCUUGAUUGGCUUGAUAAGGCAAGCUCUGUGCUCCCCAGACAGCAGCGAGAGAAGGACUCUGACAUUUGGUUUGGUGCUGCUGGUCAUCCCCUUCCUGCCAGCCAGUAAUCUGUUCUUCCGUGUUGGCUUUGUGAUAGCUGAGCGGGUACUGUAUCUCUCCACUGCUGGUUACUGCCUCAUCCUGGCCUACGCAGUGGGUUACUGCUGUUGCCGCUGGAGGAGACCCAAGAAGCUGCUGCGGGCGGCCAUGUUGGCCCUGCUGGGUGUCAAUGUGGCACGCUGCGCCUUGCGCAGUCAGCAGUGGAGGUCUGAGCAGAGCCUCUUCACCAGUGCCUUGUCUGUCUGCCCGCUCAACGCUAAGGUUCAUUAUAAUGUUGGCAAAAACCUCGCUGACCGAGGCAACCAGAGUGCUGCAAUCAAGUACUACAGGGAAGCUGUGAGGUUGCACCCAAAAUAUGUCCAUGCCAUGAACAAUCUGGGAAACAUACUGAAAGAGAGGAACGAACUACAGGAGGCAGAAGACAUGCUGUCUACAGCUGUUCUCAUCCAGCCUGAUUUUGCUGCUGCUUGGAUGAAUUUGGGUAUUGUGCAGAACAGUCUAAAGAAGUUUGAAGAGGCAGAGAAAAGCUACUGGAAUGCUAUUAAAUUCAGGAAGAAGUAUCCAGAUUGCUACUACAAUUUGGGGCGACUGUAUGCAGAUCAGAAUCGCCACGUGGAUGCUCUGAAUGCCUGGAGGAAUGCCACCAUGUUGAAGCCUGAUCACAGCCUGGCAUGGAAUAACAUGGUUAUACUAUUGGAUAACACUGGCAAUUUGGCUCAAGCAGAGAUGAUAGGAAAAGAAGCUUUGAAGAUACUACCUAAAGACCACACAAUCAUGUUUUCGUUAGCCAAUGUGCUGGGGAAGCAGCAGAAAUACAAGGAGUCGGAAGGUUUCUUUCUAAAUGCACUGAAGAUCAAUCCCAAUGCUGCCAGUUGCCAUGGCAAUCUUGCUGUUCUGUACCACCGCUGGGGGAAGCUGGACUUGGCUAAGAGGCAUUAUGAGCUUGCUUUAAAACUGGAUCCCAGUGCUCCAGGGACCAAGGAAAACUACAACAUGCUGAAACGCAAGUUAGAGCAGCAGCAAAGGACAGUUGUUUAAAUUGGGCUUUGAUAUUAAAUGCCGUGAAUGCCACAUUUGUAUGAAGUCCAUGCCAAGAAUUAGAUUAAAGAGACUGUCCUCAUUUAUAUUGUGUACUUUUGUAUGGCAACAGUUUGUGUUACAAAUGUAAAUGAAAACGGGUGGUGUCGACUCAGCGAUAUGUGUUUGGAGGUCAGAGCUGUGGCUUUGUAGCAGAAUAAAGUUCUUCUCUUACAUGUG